AUGUCCACCGGCGACCUUAAACUCCGUCGCGUCCUACUCAUCCCGAGCUCCGGCAUGGGCCAUUUUAUUCCGUUUGUCCGCGUCGCCACCGCACUUUCCGACCGCGGCAUCUCUACCUCGCUCCUCGCCUUCCGCCCCACCAUCUCCAACGCGGAAUCUAGCCUCCUCUCCUCCCUCCCAUCCUCCCUCGUCCUUGACUUCCCCCUCGAACCUCUUGAUCCCUCUCUCUUCCCUUCCGCCGACCCCUUCUUCCGCCAAAUGGAAGUCGCCGCAGCCUUAAAUAUCCCUUGCUUCGUCCUUUUCAUCUCCUCUGCUUCCAUGCUCGCUCUCUGCUCAGUUUUCCACUCCCUCCCCCAUCCAACCGGAGCUGAAAUCAACAUCGCCGGUGGAGUUCUCAAGAUUCCAAAUUCCUCCCUCCCGCAGCCACUUCAUGACCCCAACCAUCUCUUCACUACCCCAACCCACUUUAAGGAGAACGGCCGGGCGCUUGCUCAGGCGAACGGUAUAAUUGUUAAUACUUUUUUCGCGAUGGAGCCUGAGACACUCGCUGCGCUCAACUCUGGCGAAGUCAUUACCGGACUCCCACCGGUCAUUGCUUUAGGUCCUUUGCUUCCAGUAAAAAAGCAGCCAUCUUUGGCCUCGCCGGCACUACGCUGGCUCGACGAACAGCCGGAGAAGUCGGUGAUGUACGUGAGCUUUGGAAGUCGUGCGGCCAUGUCGAAGGAGCAAAUCAGAGAAUUGGGGGCUGGGCUGGAGAUGAGCGGUUGCCGGUUUUUCUGGGUGGUGAAAAGCGCGAAGGUGGACAGAGAGGAGGCAGUGGAGAUCGGUGAAUUAUUGGGAGAAGGGUAUGUGAAGAGAGUGGAAGGCAGGGGAUUAGUUGUGAAGGAGUGGGUGGAGCAGGAGGUGGUUCUUGGUCAUCGUGCGGUGGCCGGAUUCUUGAGCCACUGUGGGUGGAAUUCGGUGAUGGAGGCGGCGGCGGCGGGGGUGAGGAUGCUCGCAUGGCCGAGUCUUGGAGAUCAGAGGGUGAUUGCGGCAUUGGUGGCGAGAAGUGGGCUGGGAAUAUGGCCGGCGGAGGGGGCGUGGGAGGCGGAAGGGAGAGGGUUUAAUGUAGCAGAGCAAGAUGUUUACGAACAGCAGCUCGUGAUCGUAGCAGAGCAAGAUGUUUAA